GGCACCAGAGAGCCACACAUGCCCGCUAAACAUGGCGCCCGUCAGUUCUUCAUCCCUGCGGAUUCUGCUCCCAGUUAUCCUGCUUCUUUUACAAGGAGUUGUGACUGACGGAAGGGAGAUUGAGGAGGAGAACGGGAGUGCGCCUGGUAGGGCUUCCAGUAACGCUCCAUCAGGAUUACACCACGCUGAAAAUGUUUCACACCCACACCCGAGAAGGCGUGGGAACGUGACUGGUUGGGCUUCCAGUAGCGGAUCAAGAUCACCCCGUCCAGGUAAUUCUUCAGACCCACACCCGAGAAGGCAUGGGAACUCGACUGGUUUGGCUUCCAGUAACGAACCAUCAAGACCACAUCACCCGGGUAAUUCUUCAGACCCACACCAUGGGAACGCGCCUGAUUUUGCUUCCAGUAGUGGACCAUCAAGACCAAAUCAUCCGGGUAAUUCUUCAGACCCACACCAUGGGAACUUGCCUGAUUGGGCUUCCAGUAACGGACCAUCAAGACCACACCACCCGGGUAAUUCUUCAGACCCACACCAGGGAAGGCGUGGGAAAGCGUUUGAUUUUGCUUCCAGUAGUGGACCAUCAAGACCACACCGCCCGGGUAGUUCUUCAGAUCCACACCAUGGGAAUGCUCCUAGUUGGGCUUCCAGUGACAGACCAAGACCACACCACCCGGGUAACUCUUCAGACCCACACCAUGGGAACGCUCCUAGUUGGGCUUCCAGUCACGGACCAUCAAGACCACACCGCCCGGGUAGUUCUUCAGACCCACACCAGGGAAGGCGUGGAAACGCGCCUAGAUGAGCUUCCAAUUAGUUCACCACCAAGAUCACAAACCUCUGACGAUUCUUUUCUACACUUUCCAAGACACUAAUAAAGCACAUAAUAAACGAAUGAUGUUCAUUCUAAAACUAAAGAAAAAAAUUGUUCUGCAAUAUCUAAAUAACCCAUCACAAUUAUGUAUGAAGUAUAGCUUGUAAUGUUAAAUGAAAUUAAAUUUUUGCAAAUGAUAA